GAGAGCGAGCGAGAGAGAGAGAGAGAGCGCGAGAGAGAGAGAGAGCGCGCGUGCCGAGAACUACUUUGAAUACAGUUGUAUACUGCAGUGUGAAGUGUGGUCAUACACUGCAUCUGCACAUCCAGACACAGGGACAAGGAAUGUACACUAUAGGUCUGGAGCACUAAAUAAAUAAAAAGGAAAUAACCUUCCCUGGCUCUUUUCCAGCUGUAAAAAAACCCACUCAUUUAUUUCCUUGUUUUCAAUCACUGGAGCUGAAUGCACUGGAAUGAGUCAAUCAACAAACAACGAUAGCAGCAGACGGCAAGUUUUGCUAACAAACGCAGAGAAAACUGCACACAGAAUGAGAGGCAGGAGAAGAACUGUGAAACACUCAAGAGACAUGCAUUAAGCAUGUAAGUAAGAUCCCCAAAAGACCAGGAGAAGCGGAAAACCAAGAACUUUGCUUUUUUUUAAAAAAAACAAAAAAACAAUGUGGCAAGAAUUAUUUUUCCCCUCCAUUCAAUACCAGUUGGAGAAAAUACACACAAAGAACUUGACUUUAAAAACAGAAGAAAUUCAAUCUUGACGUUUAAAAACAAAUGGGAAGGCAUGGACAAAGGUUUUUGUUUUAAGCAGAUUCCAAGAGGAAUGAAAAAUUUGUCUUCUAGAAAGUGAUGUUAAAUAAUUAUGUGCUGAAAUCCAGCAUGUGAUGAAAAAGAAGAUCAAACUGCAGAAGAAAUUUAUCCCUCUUGAACCCUCAGGGAAACAAAAUCCAAGAGAAAUCUAAGGGGGAAGCUUUCGGCAUGCAAGUUCACACACCAUAUUUCCUGCUGUAGGAAGACACAAGAAGCUAAAAACUGUCGCCUUCUCGCAGCCAUUGAAUUCUCUCAUAAACCCUUCUGAAACCUAAGCUUCUCUAGAAGAGUAAUCAGACCACUGGACCCUGCCAGCCAGAGUCAAUACUUUCAUUUUUAAGAGGAACGUGCAUGCAGUAAGGAACGGAAUACAAGUUUAGAUCCAACGCUCUGGCAUGGGUGCAGCAUAUCACAGCAUCAGAUGACCGGUUUACCUUACUGACCAUGCUGACCUUCCUUCAGGAUCGUACCGGACCAGAGAGGAAGAGCCAGCUGCUAUAUCUUACAAAAUGUCUGAGCAAAACUCAAUUCCUGAAUACAUCCUGCUGGGCACAAAGACGUCCUAUCCCUUAAACGGGUAUGGAUCUGGCAAUGGAUCUUUGACACAGCUCUCAGUAACAGGGGAAUUCAAACAGAACUAUUUGAAUGACGAACAGGGGAAUAGACCACGGUGGGCAGCUCUGCUGACCCUAAUGGUUAUAAUCCCCACCAUUGGGGGGAAUAUACUUGUUAUACUGGCUGUGUCCCUGGAGAAAAAGUUGCAAUAUGCCACAAAUUAUUUCCUUAUGUCCCUGGCGGUGGCAGACUUGCUGGUUGGAUUGUUUGUGAUGCCGAUAGCCCUUAUCAUCAUACUGUUUGAUAACGCAUGGCCGCUUCCACCUGACUUGUGCCCUGUCUGGCUAUUUCUUGAUGUCCUCUUUUCCACAGCAUCCAUUAUGCAUCUCUGUGCCAUCUCACUGGACCGUUAUAUUGCCAUAAAAAAGCCAAUCCAGGCCAGUCAAUACAACUCUCGGGCUACAGCUCUCAUCAAAAUAACUGUGGUGUGGCUCAUUUCAAUAGGCAUUGCCAUUCCAAUCCCGAUCAGAGGUAUAGAGGAUGGAGACGGCACGUCCACAAACAUCACAUGUGUCCUGACACCCGAUCGUUUUCGUGACUUCAUCCUAUAUGGGUCACUAGCUGCAUUCUUUGUUCCGCUUGCAAUUAUGAUAGUCACUUACUUUCUGACCAUACAAGUGCUACGUAAGAAGGCCUACUUGAUCAACAAGCCACCUCAGCGCCUAACUUGGUCUACCGUGUCUACAGUAUUCCAACGGGAUGGAACACCAGGCUCAUCGCCUGAAAAGGUGGCCAUGUUAGAUGGCUCCAGAAAGGAUAAGGUUUUGCCCAGCACAAACGAAGAGAUGUUCAUACGCAGAAUGUCCACUGCUGGAAAGAAGUCUGUGCAGACCAUCAGCAAUGAACAAAGGGCCUCAAAAGUCCUGGGGAUUGUAUUUUUUCUUUUCUUGUUGAUGUGGUGCCCAUUCUUUAUAACAAAUAUAACUUCUGUUUUGUGUGACUCAUGUAGCCAGGAAGUUAUUCAAAGGCUCAUGGAAAUAUUUGUUUGGAUAGGAUAUGUAUCCUCAGGGGUGAACCCUCUGGUCUACACGCUCUUCAACAAGACUUUCAGGGAGGCUUUCGGCAGGUACAUCACCUGCAAUUAUCGGACCGGAAAGCCAAUGAAGGCCUUUCGGAAAUGCUCCAGCAGGAUCUCCUUCAGAAACUCAAUGGCAGAAAACUCCAAACUCUUUAUGAUGCACGGGAUGCGAAAUGGAAUUAGUCCCGUUAUGUACCAGAGCCCAGUGAGGCUUCAUAGCUCACCAAUCCAGUCAUCGUCAGCCAUUCUACUAGACACAUUGCUGCUCACAGAGAAUGAAGUUGAUAAAACAGAAGAACAAGUGAGCUAUGUAUAAUGGAAUGAAAACCAUGUCCACAACUAAUUAUAUGACUACAUAUUGUACGUAAAUAUGCUAUAUGAAGGAUAUAAAUAUUAUUGUCUACUGUUAUUUAUAACAAGCAAAAUCUUACUGAAGCUAUAUUAUAUUAAUUCAUCUCCUCUAAAACUAUGGUUCCUUUAUCUAGGGUCCCCUCUACUUUACCAAUUUAAACACAAAUAUCCCACAGAAGUAAUAGCAAUUUCAUUCAGCUAUAGUGAAUAUCAGAGCAUUGUAGUUUAGAAGCGGAGGGGGUAUAAAUAAAAGAAGCUAAGGCAACU